AUCCCUUGACUCCUAACCACAUCCCUGUAAAAUCUCUGAUGGAUUCCCAGCCGCCGUCAUCGCUCCCGGAUUCCGACCUCAUAACAACAUGGCCGAAAAGGACUGCUAAGGCAUGCACGAGUUGCAGACGAGACAAGAUUCGUUGCGAUGGUGAAAAGCCGUGCGGGGCAUGUGUAAAGAAAGGAUACACCGUCGACCAAUGCACGGACGGAUGCGAGAGUUGCCGGCGUGCUCGUGUGCGGUGCGAAGGGGGGAAGCCCUGUCUGAGGUGCCGAAGCAUGCACCUUGAGUGUACUGAAGAACAAGCCGUGCCUCUGGCACGGUCGGAAGCAGCCUCGCCCAUCCUGGUAUUACGUUCGAACAGACUAAGAAGUGAGCGAGCGAAAUUAGCAUGUCUGAGUUGUAGAAGAGAUAACAAGAAGUGUGACGAUCAGCGACCGUGCUCGCGAUGCGUUUUGAGAAGCGAAGAGUGUGUACACGUAGCCCGAGGACCAAAAUCGGUCAAACUUCGUUGCGAGAGCUGCAGGCAAGAAAAUCGCAAAUGCGAGGAGAUGCGACCAUGUCGACAAUGCGUUGAACAGGGAAAAGAGUGUGUCAAUGUUCAGAGGAGGAGUCGGGGUCACGGAACUCGGGUAAAGGCGGCCUGUACGAAUUGCAGACGCGACAAGGUCCGCUGUGAGGGUAUUAGGUAGCAGUGCUCGUCUGUGUGUUCGUUGUGAUAAUCCGCUGACAACACUUUUCAAGACCCUGUACCACCUGUGUCAAGAAGGGAUACCAAUGCAUUGAUCGGGCUUGCGUGAUAUGUGUACAACAGGGCAUCGACGGAGAGUGUCCACAUC